AUGACAAAACCGACAAAUCUCAUCUUGUUAUUCACUGGAAAACGUAAAAGUGGCAAAGACUUCAUCUGCGAAAAACUCAAAGCCACCCUAGGAGAUGCCAAUUGCUGCAUAAUAAGAAUCUCGGGCCCUUUGAAGCGAACCUACGCCGAAAACCACCAGCUAGAUUUAGCAGACUUGAUGAGCGACGGACCCUACAAAGAACAAUACAGACUCGACAUGAUAAAUUGGAGCGACGAAAUCAGACAAUCUGAUCCUGGUUACUUUUGUAGGGCAGCUUGUGAAGGGGCCCCCAACAAACGAAUAUGGAUAGUGAGUGAUGUGAGACGUAAAAGUGAUAUAAAAUGGUUCAAAGAAAAUUAUAAUAAUAUUAGAACUAUUAGGAUUUUGGCUGAUUUAAGUGUAAGGGAGGCUAGGGGUUGGAAAUUUACAAAAGGGGUUGAUGAUGUGGCUUCUGAAUGUGACUUAGAUGAUUUUAAUUGCUGGGAUAUUGAGCUAAUGAAUAAUAAUAAUUUAGAUUGUGAAAAUAUUGUUAGGACUAUUUUAGAAAAAUGCAAGGAGAUGAGGCCUGAAAUAUGA